GCGUCCACCUCCAACUUCAUGAUGCUGCCUAGUAUGAUGCUGCCUACUAUCUUCAUCUUUACCCUUGUGGCUGUCGUAUUCUACUAAGUUUUAUUAGAUAGUUUCGAUUUGGAUUUCCUCGUCAGCAAAAGUUAGUAGAAGAAACAAGAUGGUGAACAUUCUAGCUGAAGAGUGGACCGCCACGUUUGUGGGCGUGUACAAGCAUGGACUGCGCAGUGCGUGUUUGCUCGAGUUGCGUCUGCUGGGUGCGGAUGUAAUCAGUGAGAACUUGUGUCACGAGUUGAUCAUUUUCCGGUUACCACGAAGACCGUUAGGGGACGCCUUUGAAGACUUACCACUUACCUUCGACAUCUUGUUCCAGCCAAUCGCGAGUUUUCGCGAAGGUGGAAAGAACAUUGACGACUCUUUGGUCAAGCAAGAGCAGUUAGAAGAUGAAGCAAGAACAAGACCAUCUUCUACAAUAGAAGAUGUCGAAAUUAUCUCACCCACGACGGCCGCAAGUGGGGACUGGUGCUCUCCCUCACCAUCGAAAAGUUGUUGUCCACCUCUUAGUACAGUAACCGCAGCGACGGCGACCUCUCCUGCAGCUGCAAUACCGAAAAGUUGCCAUCAUUUCCUACAGUACUCGCAGCAUUAUCACCCGCCCAUCAUUCAGAAGGUGAAGGCUGCUGGAACAAACCAAAAUUUCCCGCAGAAACUGAAGAUCAGUACGCCUGAAGGUGUAGCGGAAGCCAAGAAACAGAUCACGAAUGCCUUAGUAUCCCAUGCUCCUCAGUGGCGUGACCGCAUCGACCGACCGUGGCGGGCGACGUGCGAAAAAGUCGGGGACCAUGGCGUGAAAACGAUUGAACUCUGCCAGAUGUUUGGACAGCUAGCGACGGAGAAUCUGCACGAACGAACGGAGGCAGAGAAAAAGCAAUCUCCAGUGACGAUGAACGACUAUGAGCUGGAGGUGGUUAUAUUUGUGAGCAAUAAACAAGGAAACGAAGGCUCAAAACAAUUCCCGAAUGCCAAAGUACCAGGUGGAGGGCAAAAUAAGAAGAAAAAGGGUUCUGCUACUGCUACAUCUACAACUACCUCUUCUUCAUCCUCUUCCUCUUCUCUGAAGCAGGUGGAAACAACUGCCGCCUCUGUUGCAGAGAACGAUGAAAAGAUGACGGACGACAGUACCCGCACAUCCUCAAGUAGAAAAGCUUUACCCCAAUGGAUAUCCUAUGAAGAUAACAACGGAUCAGCACACGAAGAAGUAGGGGAUGUAGUAUCUCCAGACUCACUUGAUGAAGGCACCUAUGAGUGGACUUUGGCUAAAGACGCUUCGGCUAACCCUGACCUUGACUUGUGGUCUUUCGGGAUCCGGUAUCGGCAUAGGAAAGCCAUCCUCCGCGAGGGAGAGACGGGAACCAAUACUGCAGUAGCAAUGGCGCUUGCACUACUAACUUUGGAGCAUAGCGUAGGUGGAAUGGGAAGAGUAUCGACUAAGCCUUUGCUCACCGUCCUCGAUCCCAUGUGCGGCAAUGGAACUUUACCUAUGAUCAUGGACAUCGCUCGACAGAGGUUCAGUAACUACUGCAAGAACAGUACUUCUUCUAGAUCAACCUCAUCUUCAUCUUCUACGUCUACGAAUCAUAGUAAAAAACGGCGGACGGAGACUUCUAUGGAUAAAAAGCCGCAUAUCUUAGAUACUGUUCCUAUCACCAGUACCACUACCACUUCUACGGUGGACAAACUAGAGGGAUUUUCCUUACAAAUAUUUGGCGCAGACAAAAAAGACCUUGGAUCUACUUUUACGAAAAAAGGGCUAUCGUCUGACGGCGCUGCGACAUCAUCAACGAUUUUGGGAGGACGACAAGUACAACAGACACCAGGAGGCAAGCUGAAAAUUAAGAAAUCACUUGCCAUUGCCGUGGAAGGUGGAGAUAAAUCCAUCAACACCGCGACCUCAGUUGAUGCAGGAGGUGUAGAAAAAGCAGGGGAUGACGAUAUUUUUGAUAAUACUCUUAAAGAAUCAACAUCAACUUCAAGCAGGAGAACUCCAAGUACCAUUACAUCUUCGACAUCACGACCAAGCUGCAACAUCACUUGGUUAAGCGAGUGCGACACGAGGCGACUGCCAUUGAGGGACCACUCGGUGGAUAUUAUCCUCGUGGACCCACCUUGGGGUCAGAGGCAUGGGUCCCACACGCUUGUCCAACGUAAUUGGAAGAAAUGGGUGACCGAGUGGCUUCGCGUACUGCCUGUCGGUGGCCUUUUGGGUAUUGUCACGAUUCGGACAAAACAAGUCAUGCAGGACUAUGAAGCAGUAUUUGGACCCAAUACGAGGCAAGCGGCAAUUGUUUUAGAGAAGCAAAUGAUGCUAAACAACAGUGGGUAUACGCAAUGCCAAUUCUUCUUGUUCAGGAAAGUGAAGGAUUGAUGUAUCACGUAAAAACUCCUUCGGCAAUCUUAAAGCCUCAUACCAACGCGCUUUCACUCCCUUUAUUCUUCUCAUGAUGUUGAGAUAUUCAUUCACACAUCUGUAGCAGCCAUGCAAAAAAAAAGCAAAACAGCUUGAUUCGGUGCCUUUUUCUGUGUUCCCAUGAAUGCCCAUGUGCGGAAUUGGUACUGAUCUUGCCUGCCGAUAGAAAUAAGAUCUUCUUCGUG